GUGAUUGGUUGAUAUGAUACAGUCAGCAGCACCCCCAUAAACAGCAUAUCUUAUCUCUCUGCUCCUAUCUACACACUCAACUAAUAAUCACUUCUAACAACAUUAAUCCACGUAUCAGCUAAACAAAAGAACAAGCAACAAAGUUACUUGCCCAAAUUCAGACACAAGUCUUAGUGUUACCUGGUACUUUGGUGUGGGUGGUGUAAUGGCUCUCCAAGCAGCAGCUACUUUACUUCCAUCUGCAGCAAUCACCAUUCACAAAGAGGGGAGGUCUUCACUCAAGGAAUCUACAUUCUUUGGAGUUUCCAGGUCAGAAAUCUACAGAGCUGACUUCAACCCUCUUUUCGUGAACAACCAGGGGUUCAAUAGAAGACUACAAAUUAGACCUAUUAGAGCCCAGACUGCUGCUACAACUCCAGCAAUCUCUUCACCAGGAGCAAAGAAAACUCUAAGGAAAGGAAACGUAAUAAUCACUGGAGCAUCCUCUGGCUUGGGACUGGCUACAGCAAAGGCACUAGCUGAAACAGGGAAAUGGAACGUAAUUAUGGCAUGCAGGAAUUUUCUUAAGGCUGAGAGAGCUGCAAAAUCAGUUGGCAUUUCUAAAGAAAACUAUUCAAUUAUGCACCUUGAUCUUUCUUCCCUUGAAAGUGUUCGCCAGUUUGCAGAUGCCUUCAAACGUUCUGGAAGACCUCUCGAUGCAUUAGUAUGCAAUGCAGCCAUUUACUUGCCCACAGCAAAGGAGCCAACUUUCACUGCUGAAGGAUUCGAACUUAGUGUUGGGACAAACCAUCUUGGUCAUUUCCUCCUCUCGCGCCUGCUGCUGGAUGACAUGAAAAAUUCAGACUAUCCAUACAAGCGGUUCAUCAUUGUUGGCUCCAUUACAGGAAAUACAAACACCUUGGCCGGUAAUGUGCCUCCAAAGGCAAACCUCGGGGAUCUAAGGGGACUUGCAGGUGGAUUAAAUGCCUUGAACAACUCAGCCAUGAUAGAUGGGGGAGAAUUUGAUGGGGCCAAAGCCUACAAGGACAGCAAAGUUUGUAACAUGCUUACCAUGCAAGAGUUCCAUAAACGCUUCCAUGAGGAGACAGGAAUCACAUUUGCUUCCCUCUACCCUGGAUGCAUUGCGACAACAGGCUUGUUCAGAGAGCACAUACCAUUGUUCAGGCUUCUCUUCCCUCCAUUUCAAAAGUACAUCACCAAAGGUUAUGUGUCCGAAGAAGAAGCAGGGAAAAGACUUGCACAGGUAGUAAGUGAUCCAAGCCUAUCCAAGUCCGGUGUAUACUGGAGUUGGAACACCAACUCUGCCUCAUUUGAGAACCAGCUUUCUCAAGAAGCCAGUGAUGCAGAAAAGGCACGAAAGUUAUGGGAAAUAAGUGAGAAACUUGUUGGAUUAGCAUAAGGAAUGAAGAAGACUAUGACAGAAACGGCAGUAAUACAUACAAAUGUGUAAGUAUGUUGAUUGUUACUAGUUACACGUGUAUGCUAGGCUUAAUCUCGUUGAGGUUAAAUAUUUUGUUAUCCAUAGUUUGGAUGUUUAUUUUUCAUUUUCUUCACAUAGUCUAAUCUUUCUCCUAUUA